AUGACAAACGAGACGAAGGGAAAAGAGAAAGCUACAACCCCAGACGAGAAUAGUACGAGGAGUGAUGGAGAAAAGGGUGAUACAGACGAUACAGAGUCGAACAAAGGCUUCGAGUGCAAUAUAUGUUUAGAAAAUGCUACAGAUCCAGUAGUAAGUUAUUGCGGGCAUCUGUUCUGUUGGCCCUGCAUAAAUACGUGGCUUGAGAUUAAUUCCAAGAAUCUGUGUCCCGUCUGCAAGGCGAGUAUAGGUAAAGACAAAGUAGUACCGCUAUACGGUCGUAAUAACCCCGGCAAAGUUGAUCCGAGUACGUUUCAUAGGCUCUAA